AAAGAGUUUCUUUUGAAUGUCCGACCCUCUCCCAAACCAGGAAUGGAAUUUUUCAAUAUGUUCUGGGAAGAACAUUUUGGUUGUAAGCUAGAGUUUGAAAGCCAAAGAGCCAAAGACUAUAAAGCAGAUGAUUUCAAUCCUGUAUGCACAGGGUCAGAGGAUUUGAGAAACACUGACAGCAGUUAUAGUGAUGUAUCUCAGGUUCGAAUAUCCUACAAUGUUUAUAAAGCUGUGUAUGCCGUUGCCCAUGCUCUGCACACUUUUUUGAACUGUGAUUCAGCAGGACCAAGCGGGGGAUUGUGUGAGAAACACAGCUCAUUUUCAAAUGGUCAGUUUCUUCAAUAUCUGAAUAUGGUCAAUUUCACCAACCAGUUUAAUGAUAAAGUAUACUUUGACUCCAAUGGAGAGCCAGUCCCCCUUUAUGACAUUAUUAACUGGCAGAAGGACAGCAAGGAUAAAAUCAGAUUUAUCAAAGUUGGAACAUACGAUGCUUCAGCACCACAGAGAGAGCAGUUGCAAAUAAAAAAGAACACCAUUGUAUGGACAAAAGGACAGUUACAGGUUCCUGUAUCUCAGUGUAGUGCUCCAUGUCCCCCUGGCAGCAGGCAGGCCACACGCCAAGGAGAGCCCAAAUGCUGCUUUGAUUGUUUGCCCUGUGCAGAUGGAGAGAUCAGCAACCAGACUGGUUCUACUGAGUGCACAAAAUGUCCUGAGUACUUCUGGUCAGACAAAGAAAAAGUGAAAUGUGUUGCAGGGGAAGAAGAAUUCCUCUCUUUCUAUGACACCAUGGGAAUCAUCCUAGUUGCACUCACCCUGUUGGGAUUCUUACUGACCACCAUCAUCACCAUUGUCUUUCACAGUUUCCGCUUUACACCCAUCGUCAAGGCCAACAACUCAGAAAUAAGUUUCUUGCUUCUCCUGUCACUCAAGCUCUGUUUCCUGUGUUCUUUGGUGUUCAUUGGUCAGCCGUCUUGGUGGACAUGUAGGCUCCGCCAGGCAGCAUUUGGGAUCAGCUUUGUUCUGUGUUUGUCCUGCCUCCUUGUUAAGACUAUUGUAGUCCUCCUGGCUUUCCGGACUAAUGUACCUGGUUCCAGGGGUCGGAAGCUGUUUGGAACACCUCAGCAGAGGAUUCUGAUCAUCUGUGCGACAGCUCCUCAGAUUUGUCUCUGUUCUGGCUGGGUGUUGGGAGCACCUCCCUUUCCAUUCAGGAACCCAAACUACCAAGCUUUAACUGGAAAAGUGAGUAUUAAAUACUGA